UGUACCGGUGGGGGCUAGCGCUAGCAAUAUUCAGUCAGAGGAGCCUGUUCUGAAAAAGCCUAGACUGGGUAUAUCAGUAAGAUCCGAACGUAUGGCUAUUCAAAGAGGACAAAUAAUAUGCGGUGCAGAUACGAGCCAAAGUCAGACUUCGUCGAUUCCGACACAGCCAAAUGACUCGGAAACAGCGAUGGCGAUGGGACAAGCUAGAUCAAUGGCACCAAGUGGAGACAACAAUGGGAUUUUGAGCUCUAGGCCCAGUAACAAUGAAAAUCGCACGGAUAGUCCCCAGACUUCAGGACCAGAGACAUUAGGACUGAUUGAUGAUGGUGUUCAGGACCGUAUGUGUACCACAGCUGAUUUUUUAAAUGAAGACGAUGACUGCUCCUCACAUGCAAGUUCAAGUGACUGGACUCCCCAGCCUAGGAUUGGUUCCUACCGUUUUAUUCAGCAGCACAUAAUGAGAGAGACAGAUCCGCGGACUAUUUUAAAAGACUUGCUGCCAGAGAUGGUCCUUCCUCCUGAUCUCGAUGACAUGACAUUAUGGCAGAUUAUCAUCAACAUCUCAGAGCCACCGAAGAGAAAGAAACGCAAAGACAUAAACACCCUUGAAGAUGCUGUCAGAUUGCUCAAUGAGAGUAAAAAGAUCCUCGUGCUAACUGGCGCAGGGGUCUCAGUUUCUUGUGGAAUACCAGACUUCCGCUCAAGAGAUGGGAUUUAUGCCAGACUUGCGAUUGACUUUCCUGAUCUUCCAGAUCCUCAAGCAAUGUUUGACAUUGAGUACUUCAAAAGAGACCCAAGACCUUUCUUCAAGUUUGCCAAGGAAAUCUACCCAGGACAGUUCCAGCCAUCUCUCUGUCACAAGUUCAUAUCAGCACUUGAUAAAGAGGGGAAACUUCUGAGGAACUACACGCAAAACAUUGACACCCUGGAGCAGGUUGCUGGAGUACAAAGGGUCAUUCAGUGUCAUGGUUCUUUUGCAACAGCAUCCUGUCUAUUCUGCAAAUACAAGGUUGAUUCUGAAGCUCUAAGGGACGAUAUAUUUAAUCAGGUGGUUCCUCACUGUCCAAGGUGCCCCGAUGUUCCCUUGGCGAUUAUGAAACCUGAUAUUGUGUUCUUUGGAGAGAAUCUACCAGAGCUUUUUCACAGAGCCAUGAAACAGGAUAAGGAUGAGGUGGACCUCCUCAUUGUCAUUGGAUCAUCUUUGAAAGUGCGGCCAGUUGCGCUUAUCCCAAGUUCCAUCCCACACGAUGUUCCUCAGAUCCUGAUCAAUCGCGAACCGCUCCCACACCUUAACUUCGACAUAGAGCUGCUGGGGGACUGUGAUGUCAUUGUCAAUGAACUUUGCCAUUGGCUGGGUGGAGAUUUUGAAAAGCUUUGCUACAACUCCUCAAAACUAAGUGAGAUAACAGAGAGGCCUCCUCGAUUAUCUGUGACUCCUGAACAGCGCCCCUCCCAUAUAAAUUUCACCGAGGUUGAACGACACAGUUCCGCAAAGGGGGAGCCAGUACGGUCAGGGACAGAAAUAGUCAACGUGGUUGGACUGACAGACCUUUGUCCAAAUGAAGAGUACUUGAAGACAGAAGAAACAAACCUCUCCUCAAAAGCACAGUUCCUCAUUGCUGAAGGAAUGAGUACAGGUCAAGCUGCAUGUUCCUUUGAGACAAAGAGAGAUUCCUGUCUGCGUGAAUCAUUCCCAGAGAUGGUGUCAAAGAACCCUCAUGAAAGUGCAGGAGAGGAAAUGCAGGGAUUGCAUGUGCAUUCUGAAGACAUAAAAAAAGAUGAUGAUUUUGCAGCAAAGCAUGGAAACGACGCUGUCAAACUUGGCAGACCAUGCUGGAGGCAUCAAGCCUGCAAAAGUCCAAUAAGCAAACAUCUUGCAACCUCUCAGUACUUAUUUCAAGCACCAAAUCGAUACAUCUUCCAUGGAGCUGAGGUGUAUUCCAGCUCAGAGGAUGAGACAUCCAGCUCUUACAGCAGUGACUCAGAGAGCUCAUGCUGCAGUGUGGACAGACACGAGGAGGAGGUCGAUGCUGUAUUGGAUGGUGAAGCAGUUAACCAAACAGAGGAGAACAGCCUUGGAGAACCAGUACUUAAAAAGGAAUUCACAUCAAGCUCUGACUGACAACAGGGAACCUUCAGAAUACAACAGGCCAUACAAAUAAUAACUCUGUCAACCACUACAUGUCUAAAAGCUGUAGCUGAAGUUUUGUAUAUUUUUGUAUGCCUCUUACUUUUUAUUGUCAUACUGUAUAGAUGCAUGCUGCAACUUCACUUAAAUGACUCGUACAGACACUGUUUUUUUCAUGUACACUUUUUUGCAUUCUUGAAUGUAAAGUAUGUUAUUCAUCUGAAUUUUUGGUCAAUAAAUUAUUUGGUCUAUGUUUUUGACCAUUUUGCAACAUGAGUUAAAAAGGGAACAUUCACAGUAAAUGGACCAAAGAACUUUUCGCUG